CGACACUGUACAAAAAGGCACUAUAAAUACGGUUACUCAUUAUUAUCGUCUUGUAAUAGAAUCGACAAGUCUCUCACACACUCUCUCAAUCCAAAACUAUGGAGAUUAACGGCGAUCAACCGCCGCUAAUCUGGCCGCAAUUUGAAUCUACAACCUAUACUCGCCGGCGAUCACCGAUUCCGACGAUGCUAGUUCCUGCGAUGAUCGGAGUCCUCUCAGCGGCUGUAUUUCUUCUGUUUACGACCUUCGUCGUCCCUCCCUUUCUCUCCGUCACAUCUCAGAUUCUUCAGCCAGCUUCGGUGAAGAGAGGAUGGGACUCGAUCAACGUGGUUCUUGUACUUUUCGCGAUCAUCUGCGGCGUACUCGCCAGACGAAACGACGACGGAUCGUUGAUAGGUGAAGAACAAGGACAAGGAGCUAUGAUAGGCGAAACCGUCGGUGAUGACGUGUACGACGCUGAUAGGCUCAAGAUCUACGAGAGCUUGAGUAGGUUACCGGUUACCGGGGGUUUACCGUUGAGGCGUAGUAGUAGCUCGUAUCCUGAUCUGAGGAAUGGAGUUUUCAGGGAGACUGUUGAUCGCCGGUUCCGGUUCUACGACGAUUUCGAAAUCGACAAGUACCGAUCGGAAGAAUCAACGGUGGUGAUUGAGGAACAGUUUCGGAGUCUUUCUAAAACUGAAAUCGAAGAAUCUGAGGCUAAGGAAAUAACGGUUGAUAAGGUCGUUGUAACGCCGUCGCAACAACCACCGGCACCACCGCCGCCUAAUCCUCCACCUCUUCGAAGGACUCAUCGUUCCGUUAGAAAGACAGAUACGCAAGAAAGGUCGAAACGCAGUGAGACUAGUUCUGACUCUACCAGAUUUAAGCGAACGCUUCGACCACCGCCGUCACCACCUCCGCCGCCACCGCCGCCGCCGAGGACACUUCAGCGAAGAAAGAGCAAUGCGGCUAAAGAGAUUAAAAUGGUGUUCGCUUCUCUGUAUAAUCAAGGAAAGAGGAAGAAGAAACAAAAGAGAAAAGAGAGAAGAGAAUCUCCGGUGGUGGUGGAGAUGGAACCACCGCAAUAUCAAUCGUCUAUACCACCGCCACCUCCACCACCGCCUCCGCUACGUUCGCCACAGUCAGUGUUCUACGGAUUGUUUAAGAAAGGAGCUAAGAGCAAAAAGAUUCACUCCAUUCCGGCGCCGCCUCCGCCUCCACCGCCGAGGAAGAUCCAAACGGAUCCUCAGACACCACCACGGAGUGUGAAAUCGAGUAGACCUCCGCGUCCUGCUAAACAGACAAAUUUAAACGAAGAGAGCAGCUACCAAUUAACUCAAACCACACCACCUCCGCCUCCGCCGCCUCCGUUUAGGGUGCCACCGCUGAAGUUCGUGGUGAGUGGUGAUUUCGCGAUGAUAAGGAGUAAUCAGAGCUCCAGAUGUAGCUCACCUGAGCGAGAAGUGAUCGAUCUAGGCUGGGGUCUAGAACUCACACGAUCUGAUGCCCGAGAGGAAAGCAACGUCGCCGUGAAUAGUGGCGGCGGGUUCUGUCCAAGCCCGGACGUUAACGCGAAAGCGGACAACUUCAUCGCCAGGCUCAGAGGCGAGUGGAGGCUCGAUAAGGUCAACUCUGUCAAGAGGAGAAGGAGCAUGAGUUCUGUCUAGGGUCCGAUAUAUAAGGCAAUACUAUUGAGAAAACCACGUAGUUUUAGUUUUCUCAUCUAAAGCUUCGUGCUGCGCAAGGAACGUACAAGCACGAUCUACAACAAACAUCUUCAGGCAAAACUUGGUAAACAUUUGCUGUCGGAGAUGGUUUAUAUGUAUUGGAGCAUUCGCUGUGACUCUAUAUCACUCGAAUUUGAAGUUACCGGUAAUAUUGGUAUUACCGGUAAAGUAAAUCGGCUAGAACCGGCUGAUAACUUUUUGAGUUAAACCGGUUGUGUGACUUUUGUUUGGUUUGAGUUUCCCGACAUGUUUGUAGUUGGUAUUGAUGUAUGUAUGGCCCGUGGGAUGUAAGCAUAGUUGUGGGCUCUUAGUUUUGUUGCGCCCACCUCUCCUGAUCUUUCUCCCCUUUUCUUUUGAUGUAAAUGUUUUCUUUUUUGCAAAGAUUGUGUUGAUAUAUAUAUGCACUUUGAUAUUUA